CUUCCUCAUUCGCCGUAGUGGCGGCGGCCCCGAAGGUGCACUUGGACGAACACACGCACAAAAUUCGAAACGGGCUGGGAUCCUCACUUCGAGGGAUUAUUUCAUAAGUGUUUGCUUUUUGUUUACAAGUUCAAUUGCGGACACAUAGACAAGACGCCGUGCAAGUUUGGAGGUACAGUAAAUGGAAGGCGAAACGAAGUUGGACAAAAGAUCAAGUCGCCCGAUGACUGUGUCUAUUUAGCAAGGUAUUUAUCAUGUUGGACUUGGUGUCUUAAGUGGCUUCCAACCAUGACGGGUUGACUCAGCAGGGAUCCGAAGUUUUUGCAUUGCCAGUUAACGACCUUGACUUUGACUCCAAGUCAUAUCUCCAACCAUGGCUCACCGGUCUCAGAGUUCAUCCAUUGGUGAUAACCCCCUGGACCCAAACUAUCUUCCACCACACUACAAGGAAGAAUACAGACUUGCCAUUGAUGCACUGAUAGAAAAUGAUUUACCGGGCUAUCAUGAGUUUCUCCAGAGCGCAGAUGUGGUCAGCUUCUUGGCACAAACUGAAAUUGAGCACAUCAAAUCUACGAUCCAGGAGCCCACUCACGGCCACAGCAUUCCUGACCUUCGGUACCCGGAGGCAGGCCAAAAUGUGGAGGGCUCUUCCGACACCUAUUGGCCCAUGCAGUCCGACCUGGCCGCUCCGGGCCUGGACCUAGGAUGGCCGAUGACCCAGAACAGCUUCAUCGGGCCCACGGAGGUCACCACUCUGGUGAACCCGUCAGAGCCGAGCAUGCCAAGCAUCAAGGAGCAGGCGAGAAGACUCAUCAAGAAUGCUCGGCAGGUUAUUGCUGUGGUGAUGGACACGUUUACCGACGUGGACAUUUUCGCCGACCUCUUGGACGCGACGGCGCGCCACAUUCCUGUAUAUAUUCUUCUGGACGAGCAGGAAGCCCAUAACUUUGUCUCCAUGGUGAUCAACUGCAAGGUCAACUUGGACUUAAUUCAGAUGAUGCGCGUCAGGACUGUGGCGGGAAUAACGUAUCAAUCGCGAACAGGCAAGUCGUUCAAGGGGCAAAUGAAAGAUCGUUUCCUACUGGCUGACUGCAGAGCCGUACUCAGCGGUAAUUACAGCUUCAUGUGGUCAUAUGAGAAAAUCCAUCGCUGCAUCGCUCACCUUUUUCUUGGAGAACUUGUGGCAACCUUCGACGAAGAGUUUCGCAUCCUCUACGCUCAGUCAGAGCCACUCAUCAUCGACCCGUCGGAUGGAGCGCUUACAGUCCCAGACGGCGGCGGUUACUUCAGUAGACAGUUGGGAUUAAAGAGGACCCAGUCCUUACUGAAUCCUUUGGGCUUCCGGAGGCAAGCCGAGAUAACCUCGAGCUUCCCACACGGAGAUCAGGAACGCAACCUGGCACUUCCUUUCCGGAGAAACGAUCCCUUCCGUCACACCAUUGAGCACGGCACAGGAAUUAUGAUCGGGAAGUAUUCCCAGCAGCACUUCCGAUCACAGCAGUCCUACUUGGAGCAGGGACGCUCCAUCAUGUCCCGGCAGAUGGAGUUGAGCAGCUUCAAGAGGCACAGCUACGCAGAAGGAACACAGGACAAUUACAUGACCUCCAGGCACUAUAUGAAGCACAGAGUCAUGAACAAUCUGGAUGAGACAGACUUCCACAGGGAACCGAGACACAAUUUCUACAGUGAAGGUCCUGGACCAGGUUCUGGCCAGGGACACUAUGACAGACAUCGUCCUCCACAUCUAGCCAUCGACCAGUAUUCAGACACAAGCUCAUUUCGAUCCGACCUAGAGUUCAGCACCGGAAACUACCCGAGAGGCUAUGCACAUCUUUCCUCUGAGGAUUUAACCGGGCCCGAUGGGAUUCAUGCGCCUCCGGUGGCUGGAAGAUACGGAGGAAACUCCGCCCAGAAGAGGCCAACCAUUGGUCAGGCGUAUGCUUGUCAGAGCUCACCCACAAACGCUCACCCACCAGACAAGAAGUCGUUUCCAAAGUAUUCAGAGCAGGAACACGGUCAGGAUGCGAGCGUCCGACAUGGAUUGCGGAACUGGCGGAUUCAUUCUUAUCUGAGCACAUACGAGGAAGAAGCUGGCCUGAACCAACCCGCAGGCCCUGACGCAUUUGACGAUCCUUCCCCUGCUCAGGAGCCGGGUGAAAGUUCAACCAGCCGUUUCGGACAAAAUGACCCAACAAAUGUCGCCUCGAAGUCCAGAGUGGAUAUCCAAAAGCCACGCUAUGGGAAGCCGAUCAACCUCGAUGGCAGCAGCAAGGAUUUAGCCACCAAGGACCUGCUUUCUUCAGUUUCAAUGGAUAGAAGUGAGAAGGAACUGGAGAAAGAAUGGGGUUAUGCAAAAGAUGACAGCAGGGAUAAAGAAUUCAAAGAGCCCCCAGAACUCUUCCUUUCCAAACAUGAUUCCUUCCGUUCACGGGUAAACCCGCUCCUUCAGCGCAGCUCACGUCUGCGCUCCUCGCUCAUAUUCUCAUCUUCCAAAGCAGAAAUUCACAGCGGGAGUGCCGGCGUGAAAUCCGGCACGGAGGACGACGGCAAAUCCUCUAUUGUAGCCCAGAUCCUAGAGAAGAGGCGAUCGUUGUCUCGGGAACCUUUCGAGUGGAAAAAGAUAGCUGACGAACAAAGUAAUGAGGACGAAAAGAAAAAUGAGGAUGCAAAGGAAAACGAGAAAGGACUGACAGACAUCGCAGAAGGAAAAGCCGAAUACCAGAAACCUCCACAGGACGCCGAGUCAAAUCCAACUAUUGAGACCUCCGACACGGUCACAUCAUCAUCUCUGAACAUCAAUGACCCUGCCAGUCGACUUAUGUAUUUCAAAGAAGUAGCCGCUAAGCGAAAAGCAUCGAAAAUAGAGACCGAAGCAUCACUAAAACUCCUGGAGCCUGCAGAGAAGAAAUCAGACUACUCUGACACAAAUUCCCCCACAAAUACUUCAGUCAGCUCUCUUAAAAGUUCGGGAGAAUCCGAGACAAAGAAACCCGAUUCCUCAGCAAAAGUGAUGGAACUCACUCGGCGAUCUUCGCUCACAUCCUCCAAACCGUCUCUACUCUCUCCCAAACCUUUUGUAAGCAGCGUGAAGCCCCCCGAAGCCCACAAGGACGAGAACUCAUCCGACGGUCAAAAGAAAGACAUAUUUAAGACGUUGAAGCCACUUCAAUCCCCCAAGAUCUUUAAACGGGACCCACUUAAGCUUAAGGGACUCAAUCCUCGUCGGGUCUCCUGUGGCGAAGAGAUCCUGACGGAUGCCACAGACUCCGAGAAGAGCGAGCUGAAGAAGAGUCGCUCUCAUAGUUCCUCUACUGCGUUGCACGACGACUCUAAGGACAAAGUUAUGGGAUCCAACACAUCCGUCAACACGAUUGGCGAUGGAAAGGGCGACGGCAAAACGCUCGACUUCCUGAAGAAACAGACUCAGAGGCUAAAGGGAUUAUUGGGUCCCAAAGAUAAGGAGAAGAAGUCUUCAGGAGAAGAUCGCGGCAACAUGAGCACCGUGAAAGAAAUGGUGGAAGAUUACAAUAAAAAGCAAAGUAAGGACACGGGAACCGCCGCCGUCGAUCAGACGGCCACCAACCACAAGACAUCAGCUGGCAUGUCAGUUUCAUCACGGUACCAGCCCUCCGGGAGCUCGGUCCUGUUUAGCAGCAACCUCCGUGACGACACCAAGGUCAUCCUGGAGCAGAUCUCAGCAAACAGUCAGAAGAACCGACACGAACGGGACGAGGACGGAGACCGCGACGCAAAGGACAACGACUUCGCCGCCAAGAAGAACCGCUUGCUGCGACCUCAUGUUGUUGUACAGGAGAGGGAGGGACUGCUAAAGAGGAUAGAGAGCCUGAGGAAGGAGAAGAAAGUCUACAGCCGCUUUGAGAUGGGGAAUACCCUUGGAUAACGGAGAAAAAGUUGUCCGGGUGAUGGCGAUGUGGGAAUCGACUAAAGCGCGAUGAGCAAAGCCAUAAAUGUGUCAACAACAUUCUGAAAGUUUGCUCCAACAGGGCGACCUCUCCUGCUGGAUUUUUUUUGUAUUUGUUUUUUCUUUAACCCGGAAGAAAACUUGAAACUACAACAUGGAAAAAUGCAACAAAGAAAAAAAAAAAAUCAAUGGGUGCAGAAUGUGCCCGUCUGUAAAACACUGAUACAACUUUUACCUUAUAAGGUGACUGGAAGUGGAUGUGCAAAAGAAAAGA